AUGGCUCAGAUGCAAACACAAAUCGUCGUCAAAUCAGUCUCAGAGCGAAUUUCUCAAGCGUUCAAUAUCUGUGAAAACUAUGCUUCCGAAAUCUGGCCUCGAAAACUAGUGUUUACGGUUGAUAUGUCGAGUUUUAUUGCUCGAGAUCAGCAAUCAAAGAGAGAAAUUGAUAACAUCGUCACUGAGGAAGUGGUUGAAACUGAGUCGGGAGAUGCAUCGACUGCUGCUACCACCAACGCUAAAGGAGUUAUUCGGAAAAAGAUUCACCCGGAAGCACUUCCACAUUUCCGCGCGGAAAUACUAUCAACGCGUUACCGAUGGCACAAAGAAACAGAGGCAAUGAUUGUCGCUCGCUUGCCUUUUGAAGAGCAGAUCAAGAGACCAUAUUUUCACGUGAAACCUCUGGAGGCAGAACAGCUGAAGAACUGGCGCAUGUAUUUGGAUUUUGAGAUUGGUGAAGGGAACGAGACUCGUAUAACUGUUCUUUUUGAACGGUGCUUAAUUGCUUGUGCGCUGUACGAUCAAUUUUGGACAAAGGUGUGUCUCAGUUGUGCUGCUUUUUUGGAGGUAUUAACCCAUAAAGAUACUGUCCGCGAUGUUCAAUUUUUGGCUGUUUUGGUAACCGACUUCUAA